CAAAGUCCGCCUCACAAAGAGAUUCGACGUCAGCUUUAACAUCGCGGUGUCUCCUCAGACACCGAGUACCACAGCCACAAACAGCACCGUACAAAGCGCCUCCACCACUCCUAAGCGGCACCAGUCGUUUCAGCACACUGGCGCCCCCAAGCGGCCGGUGGUGCCUAGCCUUAGCCUGGACCGCCGUUGUAUCAAGCCACUUAAUCUACGCGGACUUUGUAACAGCCCUGGCGCCACUAUGCCUCUGCUAGCGGUAGUAGAUGACAAGAGCAAUAUACAGGUAAUGCGCGGCAGAAAGGUGCUCACAGAAAUAAUAACUCAACCAGAAGAAGAAAUCACCACGAUCAAGAUCUCCCCUUGCAAUCUCUAUGUCAUAUAUGGCCUCCGAUCUGGUAUCGUGAAGAAAUACGCCCUUAGAUCUAAAGAGACCGAAGACAUAAUGAAUAUGUACAGUUCAGUGCAAUAUUUGAACUUCGUCAACCCGCAAUUAUUGAUAGUCGGCAGCAAAAACUCCCUGAUGGCAUACAGGUUGACCAAUGACGGUGAUUGGCAAACUGAGAUGAUGCAGUGUGAAAAAGUGCAUCUUGGAUCGCAGGAGAUACUUAAUGAUAUACAGGGUAAGUAG